AUGGAGGCCGCGGCUGCCAGCUGGCAGGUGGCUGUCCCCAUCUCGGGGGGCAGCAGACCCUUGGGGCCUGGGGGUGCAGCCGGCCUGCUCCGAGCUCCCCUGCAGAUGGAGGAGGCCAUCCUGGUCCCCUGUGUGCUGGGGCUCCUGCUGCUGCCCAUCCUGGCCGUGUUGAUGGCACUGUGUGUGCACUGCCACAGACUGCCAGGCUCCUAUGACAGCACAUCCUCAGAUAGUUUGUAUCCAAGGGGCAUCCAGUUCAAACGGCCUCACACGGUCGCCCCCUGGCCACCUGCCUACCCGCUUGUCACCUCCUACCCACCCCUGAGCCCGCCAGACCUGCUCCCCAUCCCAAGAUCCCCGCAGCCCCUCGGGGGCUCCCACCGGACGCCAUCUUCCCGGCGGGAUUCUGAUGGUGUCAACAGUGUGGCGAGCUACGAGAACGAGGAACCAGCCUGUGAGGACGCGGAUGAGGAUGAGGAUGACUAUCACAACCCGGGCUACCUGGUGGUGCUUCCCGACAGCACCCCGGCUGCUAGCACUGCUGCCCCAUCAGCUCCUGCCCUCAGCACCCCUGGCAUCCGAGACAGUGCCUUCUCCAUGGAGUCCAUUGAUGAUUACGUGAACGUUCCGGAGAGCGGGGAGAGCGCAGAAGCGUCUCUGGAUGGCAGCCGGGAGUAUGUGAAUGUGUCCCAGGAACUGCAUCCUGGAGCGGCUAAGACUGAGCCUGCCGCCCUGAGUUCCCAGGAGGCAGAGGAAGUGGAGGAAGAGGGGGCUCCAGAUUACGAGAAUCUGCAGGAGCUGAACUGAGGGCCUGUGGAGGCCGAGUCUGUCCUGGAACCAGGCUUGCCUGGGACGGCUGAGCUGGGCAGCUGGAAGUGGCUCUGGGGUCCUCACAUGGCGUCCUGCCCUUGCUCCAGCAUGACAACAGCCUGAGAAAUCCCCCCGUAACUUAUUAUCACUUUGGGGUUCGGCCUGUGUCCCCCGAACACUCUGCACCUUCUGACGCAGGCUGAGAAUGACCUGCCCUGGCCCCAGCCCUACUCUGUGUAAUAGAAUAAAGGCCUGCGUGUGUCUGUGUUGAGCGUGCGUCUGUGUGUGCCUGUGUGUGAGUCUGAGUCAGAGAUUUGGAGAUGUCUCUGUGUGUGUGUGUGUGUGUGUGUGUGUGUGUAUCUGUGGGUCUCCAUCCUCCAUGGGGGCUCAGCCAGGUGCUGUGAGUGACAGCAGACAGUGGCUGGGACACCCCCCUUCUGAAUGAAGCCUUCUGACCUGGGCUGGCACUGCUGGGGCUCAGGACACAUCGCCCCAUGAGACAGUCCCAGGACACGGCAGCUGCUGGCUGUGACAAUGGUUUCGCCAUCCUUAGACCAAGGGAUGGGACCUGAUGACCUGGGAGGACUCUCUCAGUUCUUAC